AUGGCGUCAAAAGCCGAAGGUCAGAGCAUCUCUGCAUAUGGAGAGGCUCGUUCUACCCUAGAGGGUAAGCCUCUCGAUGCCGAGACAAUACGGAAGAUGAACGCCUACUUCCGGGCAAGCAUGUACCUUUGUCUAGGCAUGCUUUAUCUUCGUGACAAUCCACUACUCGAAGAGCCUCUUAAGUUAGAGCACCUCAAAGCCCGCCUCCUGGGUCAUUGGGGGUCUGAUGCUGGACAAUCCUUCACCUGGAUGCACAUGAAUCGACUUAUCAAGAAGCACGAUCUCGAUGUACUCUUUGUUUCGGGUCCGGGCCAUGGCGCUCCUGGAAUUAUCUCUCAAUCCUAUCUUGAAGGCGUCUACUCGGAAGUUUAUCCGGACAAAGCUGAGGAUAAGGAGGGCAUGAAGAAGUUCUUCAAGCAAUUCUCGUUCCCCGGUGGAAUUGGAAGCCAUGCUACCCCGGAGACGCCGGGAAGUAUUCAUGAGGGUGGAGAGCUCGGAUACUCGAUCUCACACGCCUUUGGCUCGGUUUUUGAUAACCCGAAUCUGAUCACCUUGACCAUGGUCGGUGAUGGCGAGUCUGAGACCGGGCCUUUGGCAACCAGCUGGCAUAGCACGAAGUUCUUGAACCCUAUCGUCGACGGAGCUGUGCUUCCUGUUCUGCAUCUGAAUGGAUACAAAAUCAACAACCCAACCGUGCUUGCACGAGUGAGCCAUGAGGAGUUGACAUCUUUGUUUGUCGGCUACGGAUGGAAGCCAUACUUUGUGGAGGGAAGUGAUUUUGACAGCAUGCAUCAGGCCAUGGCUGUGACACUUGAGCAAUGUGUCAAGGAAAUCAAGGAGCAUCAAAAGAAAGCUCGGGAUUCCAACAAGCCCUUUAGGCCUCGCUGGCCCAUGAUCGUUCUUCGCACGCCCAAGGGAUGGUCGGCUCCCCGAGAACUCGAUGGCCAUCAUCUCGAGGGCUUUUGGCGUGCACACCAGAUUCCAAUCACAGAUGUCCGCACCAAUCCUCCGCAUCUCAAACUUCUGGAGCAGUGGAUGAAAGGAUACAAGCCGGAGGAGCUCUUUGACAAGAACGGCAAAUUGAUCCCAGAACUCAAAGAGCUUGCCCCGUCGGGCAACUCGAGAAUGAGUGCCAACCCCGUUGGCAACGGCGGUCUUCUACGCCGGCCGCUCAGCAUGCCGGACUUCCGAAAGUAUGGGUUCACGGAUAUCGAACCAGGCAAGUCAAUCAAGGGAGGCAUGGCCAACAUGGCCAUAUUCCUCCGGGAUCUGGUCGCCCAGAACAUGCAUAACUUCCGACUUUUCGGACCCGAUGAAACCGAAUCCAACAAGCUGGCCGAGGUGUACAAAGCAGGCAAGAAAGUGUGGAUGGGAGACUACUUCGAGGAAGACAAAGAUGGAGGCAACCUGGCACCUGAUGGCCGUGUGAUGGAGAUCCUAAGCGAACAUACCUGUGAAGGAUGGCUGGAAGGCUAUGUUCUCUCCGGACGUCAUGGGUUGCUGAACAGCUACGAGCCUUUCAUUCACGUCAUCGACUCGAUGGUCAACCAGCACUGCAAAUGGAUCGAAAAGUGUCUUGAGGUCGAAUGGAGAGCUCGGAUCGCCUCUCUGAACAUCCUUAUCACAGCGACAGUGUGGAGACAAGACCAUAACGGUUUCACACACCAAGAUCCAGGCUUCCUCGACGUGGUCGCAAAUAAAAGCCCAGAAGUCGUCCGCAUCUACCUUCCACCGGAUGGCAACACUCUUCUCUCGGUCAUGGACCACUGCCUACGCAGUGUGAACUACGUAAAUGUCGUCGUCGCCGACAAGCAAGAUCACAUCCAGUUCCUCAACAUGGAAGAAGCCAUCGCGCACUGUACCAAAGGUCUCGGAAUCUGGGACUGGGCCAGUAACGACCAAGGCGAGGAGCCGGACAUUGUAAUUGCAUCCUGCGGUGACGUGUCGACACACGAAGCUCUCGCAGCAACAGCUCUACUGCGGAAGAAUCUACCGGAUCUGAAAAUCCGAUUCGUCAACGUGGUUGAUCUCUUCCGACUAAUCUCGACCCUCCAUCAUCCCCAUGGCAUGUCGGACAAGAAAUGGAAGGCCAUCUUCACAGAUGACAAACCUAUCAUCUUCAACUUCCACUCUUAUCCCUGGCUCAUCCACCGGCUCACCUACAAGCGACCCGGUCAGCAUAACCUGCAUGUACGGGGAUACAGGGAGAAGGGAAAUAUCGAUACUCCAUUCGAACUUGCUAUGCGCAAUCAGACUGAUCGAUACAGUCUUGCUGUCGACGCGAUUGACCUCGUCAAGUCUCUUGGAAACACUGCCUCUGGUGUGCGAGAGAAGCUGAUCAAUGAACAGCUCGCUGCUAAAGCGGUGGCGUUUGAUAAUGGUCUUGACCCCGAGCAUAUUCGGAAUUGGAGUUGGCCUUGGCCUAAGAAAUAG